CUCGGGGCUGCCGGGGCGCCGGGGUCCCUGGGCGGGGGAGGCCUUGGAUCCCUCCACCACGUACUGCGAGAGCAGCCCAGCGGCGGCGGCGGCGGCGGCCUUCGGGGCCCCGGGGGACGUGUGCCCCAACAUGAUCGCGGCGCAGGCCAAGCUGGUCUACCAGCUGAACAAGUACUACACGGAGCGGUGCCAGGCGCGGAAGGCGGCCAUCGCCAAGACCAUCCGCGAGGUCUGCAAGGUGGUCUCGGACGUCCUCAAAGAGGUGGAGGUGCAGGAGCCGCGCUUCAUCAGCUCGCUGAGCGAGAUCGACGCGCGCUACGAGGGCCUGGAGGUGAUCUCGCCCACCGAGUUCGAGGUGGUGCUCUACCUCAACCAGAUGGGCGUCUUCAACUUCGUGGACGACGGCUCCCUGCCGGGCUGCGCGGUGCUCAAGCUGAGCGACGGCCGCAAGCGGAGCAUGUCCCUCUGGGUGGAGUUCAUCACCGCCUCGGGCUACCUCUCGGCCCGGAAGAUCCGCUCCCGCUUCCAGACGCUGGUGGCCCAAGCCGUGGACAAGUGCAGCUACCGGGACGUGGUCAAGAUGAUCGCCGACACCAGCGAGGUCAAGCUCCGCAUCCGCGAGCGCUACGUGGUCCAGAUCACGCCGGCCUUCAAGUGCACGGGCAUCUGGCCCCGCAGCGCUGCCCAGUGGCCCCUGCCCCACAUCCCUUGGCCAGGGCCCAACCGCGUGGCCGAGGUCAAGGCCGAGGGCUUCAACCUGCUCUCCAAGGAGUGCUACUCCCUGACCGGCAAGCAGAGCUCCGCCGAGAGCGACGCCUGGGUGCUGCAGUUCGGGGAAGCCGAGAACCGGCUCCUGCUGGGGGGAUGCCGCAACAAGUGCCUCUCGGUGCUCAAGACCCUCCGGGACCGGCACCUGGAGCUCCCCGGGCAGCCCCUGAACAACUACCACAUGAAGACGCUGCUGCUCUACGAGUGCGAGAAGCACCCGCGGGAGACCGACUGGGACGAGGCCUGCCUCGGGGACCGGCUCAACGGCAUCCUGCUGCAGCUCAUCUCCUGCCUCCAGUGCCGCCGGUGCCCCCACUACUUCCUCCCCAACCUGGACCUCUUCCAGGGCAAGCCCCACUCCGCCCUGGAGAGCGCCGCCAAGCAGACCUGGAGGCUGGCCAGGGAGAUCCUCACCAACCCCAAGAGCCUCGACAAGCUAUAG